GUUCGUUAUUAUUAGCCGUCUGCUCCGGCAGACUCCGGCUGCUGGGUUUGACGUAUGAGACAAACAGCAGGAUGCCGAUGUGCGGGCCUGUGCCGAUGAACCUUCGCGAACCGCUCUCGCCCGUCGCGGUUUUGGCAGAGCCGAAACGUCGGACGCGGUGUCGUCGGCCACGUUGAUCAGUUGGGUUGGCUUCGCGAGGCCUUGACGACGACGCGCGACAUUCACGUAUAUUUCGCGGCGUCGAAAAACAGUGCGCGACUGAUAAGCAGCUAGGUCACGAUACAGUUGGAAAUAACGUGUUGUUCGGGCUGCUGUCAGUAUCGAUCGGCGGAAAUCCCGCGUCAACGAGAUACGUCUCGUCUGACCUGCUCAUUUUGGAUGCUUAUCGGCGCUACUGUUAUCGUCAGAUGUGCAAUAUUGUCCAGCUGUUUCCGAAACACAUGUGAAAACUCAACGAGAGACUCUGGAUUGGAGGGCAGAUGAACUAAUUGCUGAAAUCAUGUGUCAAGCCAUGCGAAUCAUUUGCGCGAAAGAUUAGACGUUUGAGAUCGUGAUCUUUGCGCUAUAACUGACCUGUUUUGAACAUUUGAACCCAUUUGAAAUCCUAUCCUGAAAAAAUGUCGAGCGGAGAGAGGAAGAAAAGGGGAUGCGACCGAGGGCAUGGAUGGGAGGAGGCCGGCGCCGAAUUCUAUCAGGAGAGUUAUCCAGCGGCCGUGGAGGCCGAUCUGCAACAGGCGCUGCAGAGGGAUCCCUCGCACAUAGCGACCUUGCUUCCCAGCAAGAAGUCUCGCGUCGCCACGGCGAAACGAAUUCGUAACGACACGAAGACCACGUUGAGGAGGCGUACGAGCACCAGAUCCCGCGGCACUACAACCUCGAGGCGUAUGUCGACCAAUAUACACGACGCGGCUGUAUCGAUGCUGCCCGAUCUGUCGGAAAACUUAUCCAACGAGGAGCGCACGUGGGAGGAAAUUAUGCAGAUCAAGGCUAUGCCCGUGUGCAUGUCUCAGAAAAUACAACUGAAGAACCAGUUGCAGAGCGCUACAAAACUAAGACUUCAGGGCUUCGAGCAGCUCAAGUGGCAGCGCAGAAAAGCCUGGCAGCAAUUCCGCAUCAGGAUGAAAGAGGCCUACUCCAAGAUGGAGCUGUGGAACGACAGUCUGAAGAAGAUCGGCGGAAACUUCGGGAUGGGCAUAGUAGCGUACUUUUUAUUUAUCAAGUGGUUGCUGUAUCUGAAUCUGCUUUUGUUCGCGAUUAUAUUCUUGCUGAUAGUACUGCCGGCGAUAGUGCUGGAGGUACCGGGAAACGGAAAGUGCACGUUUAGUGAGGCCGGCAGCGUGGCUUGCUGCUCCGAGUUGUAUAGAAACAAGACCGAUGAGAGUAGCAGUAUAACCAUGAUCGUGCAGGACGGCGGUAUAUUGGAGUUCAGUCCGCUGUUUUACGGCUCGUACACGCACAUGAUCUACGAAAGCAUGGAUGCCACGUUCUGCUACAAUUCGCCGCUGGCCUACAUCUACGCCAUCAUCAGCGUCUUCAUCGUUAGCUUGGUGGCGAUCGUACGGUCGGCCGCCAAAGGGUUCAGGGAGAGAGUCGUGGAGGGCGAGGGCCAGUUUUAUCGAUACUGCAAUUUGAUAUUCGGCGGCUGGGAUUACUGCAUCAACAAUAAAAGAUCUGCCUCGAUAAAGCACAAGGCAAUGUACAACGAGAUGAAAGGGUUUCUCGAGUCGGAGAGGCUGGAGGAGGAGCGGCGAAACCGUACGCCGGAGGAGGAAGCGAAGUUGCUCUUCAUGCGUCUGUUGGUCAAUCUAGUAAUUUUAACGGUAUUGAGCGGAUGCGGCGUGUUCGUUUACUACGUGAUCGACUUCUCGUUCACUCAGCUGUCGGCGCACUCGGUGAAAGACUGCGAGAUAUUCAGUCUGUUCUUCGAAUUCCUUCCAUAUAUAUGUAUCGUUGGGCUUAACGUAGCGGUGCCGUUCCUCUUCCGCUAUCUGGUCGCCCUGGAACAUUACAGUCCGUCGUACGUCGUUAAAGUGACGCUGUACAGAACCAUGUUUUUCAGAUUCGCCUCCCUGGCCGUUCUGUUAACGUCCCUGCACAAACUCGUCGCGGGCAAAAUUCCGGACGACGAAUGCGCCAACAAAGCGAACGAGCAGCCACUGUGCUGGGAAACGUUCGUCGGACAGCAGUUCUUCAAGCUUUACACCACCGACAUUUUCAUCCAAUUAUUCAUGACGGUCUUCAUCAAUUUUCCACGGUCGUUGAUCGCGCGUCACACCGAGAACAAGGUUCUGCGCUUCGUCGGCGAGCAGGAGUUCGACUUGCCCAAGCACGUGCUGGAUAUCUUAUACUCGCAGACGGUCUGCUGGCUCGGCUGCUUCUUCGCCCCGCUAUUACCCUUGGCCGCCGUCAUCGGGACGUUCCUGUUAUUUUACAUAAAGAAAAUCACUUGUCUGGUGAAUAGCACGCCGUCGAAUAAGAUUUACCGUGCCAGCCGGUCGAACUGCCUGUUCAUGUUCAAUCUGCUGAUCUCCUUCAUCCUGGCGAUGAUACCGGUCGGCUACUCAAUCGCGGAGAUCAUGCCGUCGAAAUCGUGUGGGCCGUUCCGGGGAUUGGAGUCCGUGUGGGCGUUAUUGAUCAUGGCGUUCUCGGAAUUGCCCAAUUGGUUGCAGUCGAUUCUGUCCUUUCUGGGUACGGCCGCCUUCGGCAUACCGGCAUUCGUCGUUCUCUCUCUGCUUCUCUAUUACUAUUACGUGAUGUGGCUGGCGAACAAGCACAUGGUGACGGUAUUGAAGAACCAAUUGGUAUUGGAGGGCCAUGACAAGCAAUUCUUACUGAACAGGCUCAGCGCUUUCAUCAAGCAGCAGCAGGAUCAGAACAAGUUUCACCAGGAGCAGGCCAAUGAGUUAGGAACGUUUCAACAUGUAUAAAUGGUAUAAAGCUUGAUUUGACAUUCUUAUGGAUGUACAAAUUUAGCGAAGGCAUUUUUUAUCGGCGGUGAACAUCAGUUCGCAUGCGUUAUUUGACGUUUUACUUGAGAUUUUUUAUAGGUUUUUACUUACAGUAAGACUGUCGACUUUGUCUUCUUUAUAUUAUACACGAGUGGCACUUAUAUAAUAGUUUUUUUGAUAUUCUACCGAAUUGGAUGAAAACGAUACAGACGACAAGGAGCCCGGACAAUAGCAAAAAAAUUAAUACGUAUCUCGCUUACAUACUGCCUGUUGCGGUGUCUUGCAUCUUUAUACAAGCUGAUGUUUUUUGAGACUCGAAUUACAGUCACAACCACUGCCACACAAACGUUAGUUUCCGCGUGUCUUUAGAUCCAGCUUCGAAAAACUUACAUUCAAACGGGACAUAUCUCACAUUCUAGGUAAUUCAAUCGUCUCAUGUAUAUGAAAAUGCACGUAUAAGAUCAGGGUACAAAAAAAAAUGAGGAGAAGAUACGGUGUUGUGCAAGUAUUACACAAUAGCGAGGGAAAUCGUGAAUUAUUUAAGUAUCCAUUAAUUCCGUAUAAUUUCAUGGAUAUCUAUAAAUCUCAUAUAGCAACACACGCGUAAUAUUAAAACCUUAGAACAUAAUCUUCGUCAGGAAUAAUAUAUUAUAAGCUAAUGUGAUCAUAUAUAUAUGUCUAACUUAAAGAGAUUAAAUCGUUAAGAAAAUGGGCAGCGAUCGCGAAUCUGCCUGUAUCCGCCACUUGGGUGGGAACCUUCCUUAGUUCGCCUGAGGCUUCGUUUCGCUGGGCCUCAAAUCGAACAGGCAGGUACUCACCCGUUCGAUUUACGCGCAAGAAGAGAUUAAAAUAUGUUUAGCUUAAAUAUAUGGACAACGGCAACAAGACUAACGCGUCCGUCUAUAGGACGAACAUAUACUUCCUCAACUUUACGAGUAUAAACGUUAGAGAGCUUUUGCAUGAAUGAAACGAAGUGACGUGCGGCGGACCUAUUUUCUAGCGUAGUUCCUUAGAAGUCUGUAAUGUUACUGUAAAUAGGUCCUCUAGAACCUAUGAGAAUUUAUUUUACUAGCGAGAUAUCUCUAUAGUAAACGUCGGGGAAAAUCAGAAGUAUUUUAUUAUAUUUAUUGUUUCGUUAUCGAGGCUUUAAUAAUUUUAGAAUAUAGGAAACGAACGUAAGAAUUUUUGUAUAAUUCCAUAUGUAUGCAAACGUUCAAGAUUUUUUUCAACUGUAGAAAUCUCAUAUACCUCAGUAUUGUUAUAUUGUAUAACGCCAAAGAUAAUUCAGAUUGAGACUGUAAUAAUUUAUUUAUUUCGUAUAUAUCUAUUAACGCGAGAUAUUUGUAAACAAAUGUACUUCGUACGCACACUUUCAUCCAUUAUCACCGAUUCUACGCAGAAAUGAAAAUGUUUUCCAUCGUAGCGUAUAUUUAGACGUCAAUUCUGUAUAAGCAUCGUGCAGAGAAUACACGCGCUGUCGCAAAUCGAUCGGAUCCUUUGGCCUAAAUAAUUAAAAUCAAUGCACAUACCGCGUACCGGGAAAUGUAUUUUGUAAAUCUCACAUUUGUAUAACUAAGAUAGCAUGUACGGAUGCUCAGACACAUCCUUCCUUAAUUUAUUAUAGAUGUCACAAGCUCUAUCGACGGCACUAUAUAAAUGCAUUUAAUAUAAAAUUAAAUAUAAAGUCGUAUAAAAACAUAUAAUCCUACGUAAAACAGAUUUAUGCCCCGGGGAGAAGAAUCUGCUGAACGCAUUUAUAAUUAAACAGAGAAAUACAAUGAAGUCCACAGAUAUCUCACAUAGGAAGCUCCGUUUCUUUGAAUGUCACUGCUAAGUAGAUUAUAAUAAUGCUCUCUCUUUACACAACUUAAUCAUAGAUUCUUAUCAUAGAUCGUACAUUAUUUGUGGCUUAACCAUCCAAUUAUGAUGCUGUAAAAAUAAAUCUGUUGUACAAAA